GUCACGGAAACUUUUGUUUAUUUCGACGUUUUCAUUGGUUAUUUGGUAAAAUAAAAUAUUCUUGACACCUCUUAUUUUGAAAAACUUUUCAUGUAGUUUUUUAAUAUGUAAUUUUUAUUUUUUAUUUCUUUACCAAUAUCAAUAUGUAAAUAAAAUGAAUUCAAAAAAACCUAAUAUUUUGUCUCGGUAAUAGAAAUGUGACAAAUAAUUUGGGAAGGAGGAAGUAUAAAAUACUCUUCCGGAAAUUGACAUUCUGGUCCCUUAGAGUUUUUUUUUUUAAAUCUUAGUGUUCGGUGCUGGGAAGAGGCUGUAUGUGAGGGAAAGCCGAGGUACAUUAUUCCCUUUCUUUGUGGGGUAGUUUGAGCUGAGAUACUUUUGCGGGAUGGCUUUCUUCCUACCUGUCGAGAUUAAGAUGUCCCCCUUCUAUGUUUUCAGCUCUGCUAACAAGUGUAAAAAUGCCACUGACGAUACACUGAAACAAAGGCAUCAUGUUUUGUUCUCUGGGGAAGGGCAAUCUCGUCGCCAACUUCUUUUAGGAUGUAGUAGAACCCCAAUUGUAUGGUUCAUAGCACUAAACAAUUGCAGCUUUGGUUUGUCACCAGCUUGGGGUGGAGAAGAAUCAAAGCCACAAGAAGAUGAUGGGGGUGUCAUUGGGGCAUUCAAGUCAUUGUUCGACCCAAAAGAGAGAACCAAAUCCGGGAAAGUCUUGCCGAAGGCCUACUUGAAGUCAGUGAAAGAAGUGGUUAGGACCCUGCGUGAAUCCUUAAAGGAGGAUCCCAAUGACAUGUCCAAGUUCAGGAGGACAGCCGAUGCUGCAAGGGAGUCGAUUCGAGGAUUCUUGGGUGGGUGGAGAGGAGAGAGAACCGUUGUCCACGAGGAAUCGUACGAGAUGUUGGAGAUAGCAAUAAGACGUUUAGCCAACUUUUACUCGCAGGCUGGCCCUUCUGCACCCCUUCCUGAGAAUAUUAAAGCCGAUAUCUUAAACGAUCUGAAGAAAGUAGAAGAUUAUUUGUAACAAAAAUAAGCGUUCAUGUAAGAUACUGUAAAUGAAAAAUCAUUACGUUG